AUGGAUCCGCUGUGGAGUUCCCAUCCUGUGGGUGCCAGAUGGUCCGCCCAAACCGAGCAGGCGGGAGCAUUCACAAGGUCAGCGAAGAAAUCGCCGUCGCAGAAUAUAACAGACAAGAGGAACUGGGUUAUCUACGCCUUAUCAGCGAAGAUCAAGCCUUCUGCGUGCACGACAGUUUCACCCUCGCAAAAUCACGGGAUCGAGCACGCGUAA